GAAAUCAUGAAGAAUACAAAAAUACAUAACACUUACAAUAAUAAUGAUAAUUUCUCAAGUUUAUUGUUCCAAUUUAUCAAGCUUAAUGUUGGAAAGUGGUGAAUGGAUGAUGAUUAAUACGUUGAUGUAAAUAGAUGAUGGUCGAUGAUGAUUAGUAUGAGAUAAGUAGAUGAUGUUGGUGGAGGAGAAGGAAAAGAGGUUUAAUUUUACAAAUUCUGGAAAAAAUAAGUAAAAUUGACCCAGAGAUUUGAAUGGUAAGAAUUUAAAGAUCUAAAUCGUGAAUAGUGUAGGAUUUUAAAGUUCGUAAAUUUUUUAGUGAAAUCAGGAUCAAAUAGGUAAGUAAAAUGGUAAGAUUUUAGAAUUUAAAUCGAGAUUAUGACUACUCUGGCGAGAGAAAAGGCUGAACUUGACUUACUUUAUUGAUGGAGUAGUUAGGGUGGGCUCUCAUGCGGUGGGAAGAUUAGUGGUUAAGGAUCGGGGAGGAAGUGUGACUUUUGUGCAGGGGUUUCAGUAUGCAGAUCUUGAAGAUCCGUUCCUGGUCGAGUUGAUGGGGUUCUGGGAUGCCAUCCAGUGGUGCUUUUUGAAGGGCCUUUCUGAGGUGGCACUCUAUGGUGAUACGAAAGCAUUAUUAUAAAAAUUAGGACAAUGAAUAUUCGCGCGGUGGAGUGAUUCUGGAAGAGAUUGGGGUUCUUCAACAACAAUUUCGACGGAUGACAGUAAAUUUUAUUGGCAGACAAACCAAUUGAGUUGCCCAUUUGAUGGCUAGAAAGACUUUUUUUCAUUUCCCGCCGCUUGUGAUAGUUUGAUUCUAGACCGUGGUUAUUAUUGUUUGGUUUGUAGAUUUUUGUUAUCACUUAUCUGUGAGUUCUUUGGUAAUACAAGCCAUUGGAAAGGUGGGGAAACUGAUCUAAGAACCUGCGGAUACUUUUUUUUUUUUUUUGGUUUCUUAGAAGUUAGAACUCAGCUCAGGAAACGAGACGGCUCAUAACAGCAUGAAAAAUGAAAAGUAUAGACUUUAGGCCCAGUCAUGUGCUUUGUAGUUUCAGAACUUCUCAGUGCUCUUUCUUCGAAGGGUUUGGACGGGCUGGCCUAAUCAUCAUCCAAGCAACGAACACGAGGCCCACAGGCCCAUGAUAGUCAAAGCCCAGAGGGAUAACCGAAAACAUCACGCUCUCGUCUCUUUUCCGUCUCUGUUUCUGUCUCAGCUUACAUUCAAAUAGGAUUCUCGGUCACACACACCCGCCUGACCCGGCGGAGCCAUUGUUAAAGGGUUUUAGAAAAGAGCCGUCACCCCAGAGCCAAUCUCUCUCAGGCAGCAACGCCAUCUCCUUUUCAGAUGAAGCUUCCAAUCCCGCCAUGAGGACCAGAUCGUCCCUCCGCCACCCAAAAACCCCCUCCGCCGCCGCUGCUGCUCUGCCUCCACCUACUCCCGAGAGCAAUCCCUCGGACUGCGCAAACGGGAUCGCCAGAAUCGCAGUCGCGCAGGUCUGCCAAUCGGUCGGUUUCAAGUCGGCGGAGGCCCCGGCCCUCGAAACCCUGACCCGCGUGGCUGGUCUUUACCUCAAAACCCUAGCCAAGGCGGCGGCGUCCUACUCCGGCGACAGCAAUCGCACCGAAUCGAAUGCCUUCGACGUCGUCAACGCCCUCCACGAGCUCGAAUCGGCGCAGGGAUUCGCCGGGGCGUCGGAUCCCCGCGGCUGCUGUCUGGUGAGAUCGAGCGUGGUGAAAGACGCGCAGCGUUUCUUGAAUACCAUCGACGAGAUCCCCUUUGCGAAGCCGAUUCCGAGGGCGGACGGUUCGGAAUCGUCUCCGGCGCCGCCGUGCUCGGGUGCCCGGCUGAGGGGGAAGCACAUUCCGGACUGGUUGCCGGAUUUCCCCGAGGAGAGCAGGUAUAGGGAGGAGGGAUGUGAGGGAAUCGUGGAGGGUAGGGAUGUGGAGUUGGCGUUGUGGGAGAGAACAAUUUCCUGCGGAGGAGAAGGAGUGGGAGCUGGUGGGAAAACUGGAGAAGGGAGUGGAGGGGAGUUGAGAAGGGAGAGGGAAAGAGUGAAGUUCCAGAUAUGCAAAAGGGAAGAAGCUACCCUCAUCGCGAAGAAGAAGAGAAGAACAAUGGGAGACGGUGACGACUGACGACAGAGAAAUGGGUUGGUUUGUCUAUGGUGGAGGCAGGUUUCGAACCAUUGAUGUCACGACGUCACAUGUGCUAUGCAGCUCCUACACCACUGUGCUAGUGCCAAAAUAUCAAUAUAAUUUUCCUCACUUUUCUAUAUCUACCAGAGUGCCUAGCUGUGUCUUUCUCCUUCAACCUCAAAGGGUUUUUUACAUUUGCUACAACUUUGGCAGUCGGACUGUGCUCUUGUUUCUCGUUGUUUUUUAUUCGUUGGUGGUUAGUACUAAGUUACGAAUUUAAAGUGCGGUGAAUGUUUCAUCCCCACAAUAUCACCAAAUCAACUUCUUAGGGGUUACGUGCUUUAUAUGUAAAUGAUUUUUUUUUUAUAAAUUGUUCUAUUGGAUUUCUAAAACUGUACCAUAAAUUUAAAUUGAAUCG